CGCUGUGUUGCCGCCCGGGAGCCUCCCUAGGAGAAUAAUGAAGGAAAACGUACAUCAAAGUCCAGUGUGAGAGAGAGACAAUCAGCAGUUCAUUUGCAGCCAUGAGCCAGCCCACCCCGGCCACCACAGAGCCACCUGGCCAGCCUGGCCAGAGGAACUUUGCCUUCGAGGUUGUGGACAUCGUUGUUGUCGUCAUCUAUUUUGUCUUCGUCCUUGCCGUUGGGAUAUGGUCAUCCAUACGGGCAAGUCGGGGGACAGUUGGAGGGUAUUUCCUGGCUGGACGGACCAUGACGUGGUUGCCAAUUGGAGCCUCGCUGAUGUCAAGCAACGUGGGCAGCGGCUUGUUCAUCGGCCUUGCAGGCACAGGAGCAGCUGGGGGCCUCGCCGUCGGGGGCUUUGAGUGGAAUGCUACCUGGGCGCUACUGGCCCUCGGCUGGAUUUUUGUGCCUGUUUACAUUGCUGCAGGAGUUGUCACAAUGCCCGAGUACCUGAAGAAGAGAUUUGGAGGACAGAGGAUUCAAAUCUACAUGUCCGUACUGUCCCUCAUUCUCUAUAUAUUCACCAAGAUAUCGACAGAUAUUUUCUCUGGAGCGCUGUUCAUCCAAGUCUCCCUGGGCUGGAACCUUUACCUGUCCACCGUGAUCUUGCUAGCAGUGACAGCUGUCUACACUAUAGCUGGUGGUUUAACUGCUGUGAUGUACACAGAUGUGCUGCAGACUGUGAUCAUGGUACUCGGGGCUUCGGUUCUCGCCUUUAUAGGGUUUGAAAAAGUCGGCUGGUUUGAAGGACUUAAAGAGAAAUACAGCACCAUGAUACCCAGUGUCAUAGUCCCAAACACCACCUGUCACCUCCCACGCGCUGACGCCUUCCACAUGCUCAGGAACCCUGUCACUGGGGACAUUCCUUGGCCUGGGCUUAUCUUCGGCCUCUCUGUGCUGGCUACUUGGUGUUGGUGCACUGAUCAGGUUAUAGUGCAAAGGUCUCUCUCUGCCAAGAACCUGUCGCAUGCCAAGGGUGGAUCGGUGCUGGCGGGUUAUUUGAAAAUGCUCUCUAUGUUUUUCAUUGUCAUGCCUGGUAUGAUCAGCAGAGCUCUUUACCCAGAUGAAGUGGGAUGUGUGGACCCGAAAGUCUGUGAAACCGUCUGCGGAGCUAAAGUGGGUUGUUCUAACAUUGCCUAUCCUAAGCUUGUAAUGGGACUCAUGCCUGUAGGACUCCGAGGUUUGAUGAUAGCUGUAAUGUUGGCAGCCCUGAUGAGUUCCCUCACCUCAAUCUUCAACAGCAGCAGCACGCUCUUCGCCAUAGAUAUCUGGCAGCGGCUCCGCAAGAAAGCCACAGAGCAGGAGCUCAUGAUUGUUGGCAGGUCCUCUCACUUCCUUAUGGCUUCACUGAGCGUGUUAUUUUGAUGGCAGGUCUUAAAC